AUGUCCAGCACAAUAUUCGAUGUCCUCACCACAAAUGCCGUGGACCUGCAACGGCUUCUCACAAACAAGCAAACCACCAGCGUCCAGAUCGUCCAGCACUACUUUGAUCAGAUAGACCGCCAUGAGCCAUUUCUCAAUGCACUCAUCUCUCCCGCGCCUCGCGACAAAGUACUACGUGUCGCCGCGGCUCUAGAUGAAGAGCGCAGCAAUGGAAGCGUUCGGAGCGCAUUUCACGGAAUUCCUAUUGUCCUCAAGGACUGCUUCAUGACUGCUUCCAACCUGGGCAUGACCACAACCGCAGGAUCAUGGGCGUUUGUCGGAGCCAAGGCGUCCAAAAACUCUGCCGUCGCGCAGCUGUUGAUUGACGCUGGUCUGAUUAUCAUAGGAAAAGGCAACAUGACGGCCCCGGGAGGAUCCUCUACCGGUUCCGCCGUCGCCGUCGCGGCCGGCUUCAGUCCCCUCGCCUUGGGCACCGAAACGAUUGGCUCAAUCGUCACGCCGUCCACCAGAGCAGGCCUAUACGCUGUCAAGCUUACAACAGGUGUUAUGGAUGCGACUGGCGCGUAUAAAAUGACGGACUUCUUCGAUAGUCUGGGCCCCAUGGCAAAGAGCUCUGCCGACGUGCGAGCAAUGACCGAGAUUCUUCUGCAGCGCACAUUCCGUUCUGAAAGGUUUGGGACUUGGGAAGGCCUGUCUGUUGGAUUCCUCGAUCCUAGGGCGUGGAAGGUUUCGGAGGCGAUGUGUCCACCGCAUGAAGGCACUGCAGAACAAAUGAUUGAAGAAUACGAAGGGGUGGUCAAACUUCUGCAGAAAGACGGCUGCUCAUUGAAACACCCCGUCAAGGUUGCCGACACCGAUGAGUUAACCGUUAACGGAGAACAGGCCAUUAUGCCCAUCGCAUUCUGGGAGUUCAAAAACAUUGGCAUACUUCGCUUCAUCAACUCCUUCGAUGAACGUCCCGUGCGCAGUGCCGAGGAUAUUGUCAAGUUCAACAAAGAAAAUAGCGAUAAGGCAAUGCCUGCACCAUACACGGAACAAGGAGACCUUGAAAAGACUCUCACCUACAACGACGAGCCAGAGAAAGUCGAGGUGCUAAGAAAAGGUCUCCGGAGUGUAGCCCGGCAGAUCAUUGACACCGCGUUUGACGCACAGGAUGUAAAUCUCCUUGUCGCUCCUGGCGAUAGCUCUCUGUGUAUACAUGCCGCCGCAGCAGGGUAUCCCAUCGCUACCGCUCCCAUCGGUCAGUUGAGAUACAAUGGACGUCCGUUUGGCCUGUGUAUACUGGCUAGGGAGAAUGAGGAAGAGCUGCUCUUGCGCUUCAUGGCUGCGUAUGAGGCGGUGGCUAAGCCUCGUCCUGUACCUAAUCUGUAA